AUGUUUGACUCAGAUAUAGAAAUUGAUGAAGGCAUCAAUAGGCAAGGUGUUGCUAGGAAUAAACAGCCACAAACUGAAUCACACAGGACUGGAUUUAUCACAAGUGGGAUGGAUAAGGAGCAUGUUAUUGAAGAGGAGUACAUGACAGAUGAACUUGAUAGUGGUGCUGAUGAUAGUUGUGAUGAGAGGCCACCUGUGAUCAGGUUCAAUGAAGAGGAUGCAAUUACUAAAGAUUUCAAGUUCAAGCUAGGUAUGGAGUUCUCAUCUUUGAAUCAAUUUAAGAAAGCUGUUAUGGAGCAUAAUGUUUUGAUUGGUAGGGAGGUAGCAUUUGCAAAGAAUGAUGCUAAUAGGUGUAGGGUUGUUUGUAAAGAAAAGAAACUUUGUGACUAUACUGUUUUGUGUAGUAGAGUCCUUAGGUCAACCACAUUCAAAAUCAAAACCUUGUUUCCUAAGCAUAAGUGUGGCAGGCAGUUCUUCAAUAAAAAUGCAAAGGCUGAAUGGGUUGCAAAGGUGAUAGUGGACAGGCUGAGGCACAAUUCUAAGAUGAGGUUGACUGAGGUUGUUGCAGAUGUUAGAACUAGGUUUUCUACUGAGAUAACUGGUAGUAGAGCAUUUAAGGCUAGACAGUUGGCAAGACAAGUUGUAGAGGGUGAUGCAAGCAAACAAUAUAGUAUGCUAUGGUCAUAUGGUGCUGAGUUAAAGAGAGCUUCUAUAGGAAAUACAUUCAAACUGAACAUUCACACUCCUGGGCCAGGGUUGCAACCAAGAUUUGAGAAAUGUUACAUGUGUUUGGAUGGGACCAAAAAGGCAGUUACACAAUCAUGUAGACCCUUCAUAGGUUUAGAUGGUUGUCAUCUUAAGAACAAGUAUGGUGGAAUCUUAUUGGUUGCAGUUGGGAGGGACCCAAAUGAUCAGUAUCUACCCCUUGCAUUUGGUGUUGUUGAGACUGAGUCAAAAGAAACAUGGAGUUGGUUCAUGAAGCUUCUCAUUGAAGAUAUUGGUGACAAGAGGUGGUGUUUUAUGUCAGACCAACAAAAGGGACUUGUUCAAGUUUUUGAAGAGGAAUACCCUGCUUAUGAACAUAGGUUCUGCUUAAGGCAUUUGUACGCCAACUUUAAAAAGAAGUUUGGUGGUGGAACUCUAUACAGAGAUCUCAUGAUGGCUGCUGCCAAGGCUACAUAUUUUGAAGCACAUGAUGCAAAAAUGAUGGAGAUUAAGGAGGCCAAUCCUGAAGCAUUUGAGUGGGUGAAUGCAAUUCCAAAACAUAAAUGGUGUAAGCAUGCUUUUCCAUUGUACUCCAAAUGUGAUGUUUUAAUGAAUAACCUUAGUGAGUCGUUUAAUGCUACCAUUCUAAUGCAAAGAGAUAAGCCCAUUAUAACUAUGUUUGAAUGGAUUAGGAACUACCUAAUGGGUAGGUUUGCAACACUUAGGGAGAAAGUAGAGAAUUACAAAUUUGAGAUGAUGUCAAAACCACUUAGGAGGUUAGAUAGAGAGAUUGAAAAGAGUGCUAGUUGGUUACCAACAUAUGCUGGACAGUUGAAGUUUCAGGUGACACAUGUCCAGUUUACAGAUAGUUUUGUUGUAGAUUUAGGUAAAAAAUCUUGUUCAUGCAACUUCUGGGAUUUGGUGGGUAUCCCUUGCAGACAUGCUGUGGCUGCCAUUCACAAAAAGGUAGAUGACCCUAUCAAAUAUGUUAGUGAGUGCUACCUUAGGUCCACUUAUUUGUCCUGUUAUAAUGAAGUUGUCACACCCAUAAAUGGGCAAAAUAAAUGGCCCAAGACUGAUGCUCCAGAAAUAUUACCACCACUAUACAAAAGGGGUCCAGGCAGGCCCAAAAAACUUAGGAGGAGGGAGGUAGAUGAGUCAACCCAAGGCAGAUGGAAAAGGACAAACACAUCUCACAGAUGCAAAAUAUGUCAUGUCUAUGGCCAUAAUGCAAGAACAUGUAAGCAGGGUAAGCAAGUUGUGGUUGUACCUGGUGAAGGAGCAAGAACUGUUGAAAGAACCACUCAAGCUAGUCAAUCUGCACCUGUGGUAUCAGGACCAAAGAAAAGGGUAACUAACUGCAACUUAUAUACUAAUUAUGUACCAACAAGUGUGCAAAAUGAUGGUGGGCAAGCUGAAAAUGGGCAGGCUGCAAGUGUGCAAAAUGAUGGUGGGCUUCUACAACUUCAAGAGAAGCACUGA